CGUGAUUACGCAAUUGUCGCGAGAUCGACAUACCGGAAAAACUACAGAGGAAGGUCACAGAGUAAACAUGGCGGUCCAUGCUGUGUGGAGGUCUGUUUUGACCUCGUUUUCGGGUUUAAAACUAAGUUCCAUUUGCAUAAAUUCGAGUUUAUUACAUAAGAGCAAUGUACCGAUAAUAUCUACGCUGACUGUUCAGAGCAGAGGAAUUCGGCAAGUGGUGGAGACGCAGGAAAACAAAACAACAACUAUUGAAGGAAAAAUUCUAGACAUUCCUGCUGGACCACAACCUCCAAACCCCAGCGCCAAGUGUCCCAUCUAUAGAUGGAACCUCCAGAACAAAUACGACUACACAGAUGUAUUGUUAUUAAGUCAGUUUAUCAGGUCAGACGGAGGGAUGUUGCCGAGGAGAAUAACUGGUCUUUGUUUUGAAGAGCAUCACAAGAUUGCCAUCUGUGUGCAGAUGGCCCAACGAGCAGGUCUUCUUCCUGACCACAAGCCUAAACUUCCUGAAGGUCAGGUACCAAAGAACCCUAGGCCAAAGUUGAACAGGUACCUGACACGCUGGUCUAUUGACUCCGUAAAACCCAUCUACAAAGCUGGACUGAAGUGGUGCAAGAGGCGCAUGCCUGUGGGUCAUCCAGCUCUCAAGAACAAUGUCCGCUACAGUCUUAAACCUCUGUUCCUGAAACACUGAGAGCCUGACAGCUGGAGGAGGAAGGAAACUGUCCUGGUGGAACAUUCUCUGUAAACUAAAAGCAACUAAACUUAAAUAAAAUAUUUGCUUUUAUGAGUGAGAAUCGA